AAAGAGAUGAAAAGGAAAAUAUCGGUGAAAAGAAAUAAGGCAGCGAUAAUGAAGAAAGUGAAACCUUAAUUUGAUAGUGCAGAUUAGUUAUCAAGAAUAGAACUGUAUAAGAGACUUGAUUAAAACAACCCAUUAAAUUAAGGAAUGCGACCUUAUGAAGGAUUUAAUGGACCAAAGAGUACUUUGAUUAACUAAAUUAAGAGGAGAGAUCAAUGACAGAUCGAUUAUGUUUGUUUUUCUUAAUUGUAUUCUUUUGUGCAACAGUAUUUCAUGGAAUCGUAUUGAUCAGUUAUGGAAACAUUAAUCGAAUAUCAAAUGGUUAUGAUUUUCGAGAAGAGAUAUGUGGAAUAGAUGGUUUAAUUAAUCUACCUUAUUUAUAUUAUCUAUAACCAUCAGUAGAUUUGAAUGUAGCCAUGUGUGUUAAUGAAUGUCCUUAAUCUACAGGAAAAUAUAUAUGUUUAUAUUCAAUUGAUCAUUUCACUACAACUAACUUUUGUUAUGUUUAAAUGAGUUCAACUAAAAUGGCAAGAUAUUGUAUUCCAAAAGAACCAGUAAGCAGAAAAAUCGUAGAUGAUUAUUUAAGUUAAACUGAAUCAUAUAUCAAACGAACUAUGUCUGAUAUUUUAUUAAGUCUUGAUCUUAUUAUAUUGUCUAUUAUCUUAUUGGGAUUAUCAGCAUAUUUAUUAACGUAUUUAUUAAGUUUCCCAUCGAUUGUUAAGUAUUAAGUUUGGGGAUAAAUAUGGUUAAGUAUUUUAUGUUUUGGAGUACUUUCUUUUUUGUUUUAUAGAGAAUAUGAAAGAGUUAUUGAAACUAGAUGUUUAUAUAAAGUUGAUAAACACUAUUGUGGAGGUGAUAGAGCAACCUUAUUUUAUUUAGCGUGUAUUGCUACUGCUAGUGUAGGAUUACUAUUCCUUUUUAAUAUCAUGAAAUUAUUCAAUAAAAUCAAUUUGGGAAUUAGUCUUAUUAAGACUUCUGCUUAAAUUGUUGUUGUUCUUAAAUAAUUACGCUUUUUUGCUAUCUUUGUUGCAAUUUUUGGAUUUUUUUAAUUUGGAUACUCUGUUUAUGUUAUCUUCUAUGGAAUGACUAUAGGAGAAAGAAAUACUAUUUAAGCACUCAAUAUUAAUGGAGAUGCUGUCAAGAUAUUUACUACCACUUAAAUCUAUUAACUUUCAUUGCCUUUUUAGGCUUUCAUGAUUCUCUUCUUUUUAUUAUUUGCAAUGAGUGUCAAUGAAAUGUUUAAUUCAUAUGCUUUAAGUGUUUGGUUUUUCACCAAAAAAAAAGAUGUUGUCUAAAUACCAUUAUUAGUUGUACUUAGAGAAUUAUUACUCCAUCAUCUUGGAACUUGUGUUUAUGCUGUCUUUAUGGAAAUAUUCUUUUUUAUCCCCAAAUGGAUAUUUUAUACCAUCUAUUAUUUCCUUAGUAGCUUACCUUAAGAUUCCAUGAUUGUUAGAUUCAUUCAAGGAUGUUGUCUUUGCUGUCUUGCUUGCUAUCAAAAUUGUUUAAGAUAUUUAAGCAAACAUACUUUAGUUUAAGUUGCCAUCUGGUCUGAAGGCUAUAGUCUAUCUUCCAGAAAGGCAUUCUUUUUAUUAGAUAGACAUAAAGAAAAAAUACAUGAUUUAGAUUUUCUCAUUGAAUUUAUACUCUUUCUAUUAAAAUUGUCCAACAGUCUCAUUGUAAGCUUACCAAUUUAUAUUUACCUUUCUAUAAGUGAUACUACACUUUUGGGAAUCAAUGUUAAUGAUAUUGAAAGUCCCUUAAUACCUACAUUAUUUGUAUUCUUAAUUGGAUUUUUCUAUGUUUCAGUAUUUUAAGUAAGUUAUGAUAUCACAACAAAAUCAGUUAUUUAAUUAUAUUUGGUAGAUAGAGAAAUGUUUUAUGGAGAAUAAAGAUUUGUUGAAGAUUUUGUUCAAAAGUUUAUGGAAUUUUAUGGAAAAAAAGAGGCUGAUUAAUUAAAAAUAAAGAGUAAUGUAUAAAGGAAAUUUAAUGCUCAAGUUGCACCUGAGACUAUAAAUAAAGAAUUAGAUGAACCUAGUUAUUAAUCUGAAGAACAAGAAGAGGAAGAUGAGGAAGAAUAAGAGGAGGAAUUUGAUGAUAUAAAUUUACAAGAUGAUAAUUCCAGUCCUGAACUUGGGAACAAUUUUAAUGGUAAGAAUAGAACAAAUGCUCAUCAUAUAGUUGCUGAUCCAUUUUAAUUAGAUGAUGCAAGUGAUAGUAGAUCAUAGACAUAAUGGAAGAGUGGUUCGAAUUUUAAUAAAUGAAUUAUAAA